UGAAGCAUGUAAAGCAAACGGAAGCAUCUGGAAGGCACAGAGUUCCCUGAGUCUGGCAUGGAAGAUCCCCUGUUUGGGGUCCCCGCACAUGCUUCGGGUUCCUUUGUCCAAGGGAAAAGUCUCUCUCAGUAAUCUGGCAUCCUAAGCUCCCCAUCCAUCUGAGUGGAAGACGAUUCUCUCCACUUCUCUGUUCUGAGCUGGCUGUGCCAAGUCAGGCUCUGCGAGGGAAGAUGGCCGAGGAGCGGGGAGACCUGUCGGCACUGGGAGCCCAUUUAAAAGCUACCUGGAAGAAUGGCAUGAAACUGGAAGAAGUGGAGCCACCAUGCCAAGAGGCCAGAAAAGGCCACAUUGCCAUCCAGGCAGGGGACACUAGAGGAUUCUGGGAAAGAACUGACCCUCAAGAACUUAAACAGGAGCCUGAUGAGCGCCAACAGUGCUGGGAAGCCCAGCUUCAAGGGUUUGUGCGAGCCCUCGAGCUCCCUCAUUUGCACGGGGUUGCACAGCCAGCGCAAGAGUACCAUGGCGUGCCCGUCCCGUCUGAUUCGGGGGAAGCUACUGACCCUGCAUGGCAGCCCACAACAGAAAGGAAAGUACUCCCAGGCCUCUGUGUGGAAUCACAUGUAAUCCUCCCGGGCAAAGAACAGCCAGGCUGUGGGUCAGUGAAAGAAGAAGAAAUCCCGGACAGGAAGACCCCUGUGGCAGAGCUCCAGCGCCAGCGCUUCCGGCAUUUCUCCUACCAAGAAGCGGAGGGGCCCCGAGAUGUUUGCCAGAGGCUCCAGGAACUUUGCCACCAGUGGCUGAUGCCUGAAACACGCACCAAGGAGCAAAUUGUGGAGCUGGUGGUCCUGGAGCAGUUCCUGGCCAUCCUGCCAAGGGAGAUCAGGAGCAGGAUCAAAGCUUUGGAACUGGAGACGUGCUCCCAGGCCGUGGUCUUGGUGGAAGGCUUGCUGCAGCAGAAGCAACGGCAGGAGGAGGGAGACGGGCAGGAGACUGCCAGAGGUGCCGUGGACCUUCAAGGAGGAGCCAGAUCACCUUCCCCAGGUAGAGCCAGUGUCCAGGGGGCUCAUGCUGGUCUUUCAGGCACUCAGAGAAGAGGAGCACAGGGGCGCACCUGUGCCAGGAAGAGCAUGGAAGCAAAGAAGCCUAAGAGGAAGGUUGUAAUAUCGACUAUCGCAGUGAAAAAGGAACUUAUCGCGAAGUAUGAAAGUGGCGUGCGUGUGGCGGAUCUGGCGGCCAUGUUUAAGAUGCCCAAGUCGACGGUGUGCACCAUUCUUAAGAAUAAGGAAGCGAUAAAAGCCGCAAAUGUGGCUAAAGGUGUGACGACGUUGACGUCCAGAAGAUCACAUGUUAUUGAGGAAAUGGAACAACUCCUCUUGGUGUGGAUUAAUGAAAAGCGAUUGGCUGGCGAUAUCAUUUCUGAGAAGAUUAUUUGCGAGAAAGCCAAGCAGCUGUAUAGCGACCUUAAGAAAUGCACGCCUGGAACCAGCGCUGAAAGUGAGGAGUUUAAAGGAAGCAGGGGGUGGUUUGCUAAGUUUCGGAAAAGAACUGGCAUCCGCAGCGUUGUGAUGCACGGGGAGGCUGCUGGUGCUAACGUGGGGGAAGCUGAAAAGUUUGCGAAAAGCUUUCAGCAGUUUGUUGAGCGGGAGGGAUUUGUGCCUCAGCAAGUGUUCAACUGCGACGAGACGGGCCUCUUCUGGAAGAGGGUGCCUCGCGGGGCCUGCGUCACGGACGAGGAGGAGGCCGUGCCGGGGCCUCGGCCUAUGGAAGACAGGCUGACGCUGCUGCUUUGCGGCAACGCCAGUGGGGACUGCAAGGUGAAGCCCCUGCUUGUGUACCACUCGGAAAACCCACGCGUGCUCAGGAAGCACGGCGUGAUGAAGACCCGGCUCGGAGUGAUGUGGAGGGUGAACGAGAGGGCGUGGGUCACCAGGCGGCUCUUCACUGAGUGGAUUCACGAGGUGUUUGCGCCUUCCGUGAGGGCUUAUCUCGCCGAAAAGAACCUGCCACGGAAGGCUCUGCUGGUGAUGGACAGCGCUCCUGCCCACCCUCCGGGCUUGGAGGAAGAAUUGGUGGGCGAAUCCGGCUUCAUCAAGGUGAUGUUCCUGCCCUCCAACGUCACCUCUCUCAUCCAGCCCAUGGACCAGCAAGUCAUCGCGAAUUUCAAGAAGCUGUACACCAAGGCCAUGUUUCAGAGGUGCUUUGAGGCGACCAGUGAGACAGAACUGACCCUCGGAGACUUUUGGAAGGGUCAUUACAAUCUCCUCGAUGGCUUAAGGGUCAUCGAUAAAGCGUGGAGGGAAGUUUCUCUCGGGACAAUGCAGUCUGCUUGGAAGAAACUCUGGCCGGAUUGUAUUUCAGCCAGAGACUGCGAAGACUUUGAGCCGGCGCCUGUGGUGAAUGAAAUUGUGGCUCUGGGCAAGGCCAUGGGGCUGGAGGUGAGCGAGGAGGAUGUGGAGGAGUUAGUGGAGGACCACAAGGCCGAACUCACCAUCGAAGAACUUCAGCACCUUCACGAUCAGCAGCAAGAAGACCUGGCAGAGGAAAUUUCCUCGGAGGAGGAAGAGGGAGCCAAGAGGUGCAUCUCCAGUGCUGAAAUCAAGGAACUGUGCUCUGUUUGGGCUCGGACGCAGGCCAUUGUGGAAAAGUGGCACCCUAAUGCGGCAGUGGUGAACAGGAGCAUUAACUUCUUUAAUGACAAUGUGAUGGCAUACUUUAGGAACAUCCAGAAAAGUCACCAGCAUCAGCCUCCAUUGGAAAGCUUCUUCUCCGGAGAAAAAAGGCCAAGUGAAGCAAAGUCCUCAACCAGUAAUGCUAAAAAGCAGAAGAGGGAGAGAACACCGGAAGACAUCACCACUCCUCACUAAGAAGGAGAGCAGUUCAAAGGAAGAGAAAAUCCAACUAGAAGUCUCUGGGGACGUGGAAACCGAUCAGACAUCAUCAGGAAAAUUGCAGCAGAAUAUUUCCCAUGGACAUGAUUGGUGGGAAGUCUCUGAGAGCCAUCUAGGAAAUCAGCCAGUGAAGGAAAGUGAAAAAUCAAUGUGUCAUCCUCCAUUUUAGCAGCAACUUGAUGAAGUGACAGUCCAGCAGAGAACCCUUCAAGGUGGGAGACAAGCAGCCUGCACUGAAUGUGGGCAGCUCUGGAGAAGUGGUACUGGCCUUCCUGAAGAUCAGAGAAUUUACUCAGCCAAGAAACCCUAUGGGUUCUUGUACUGUGGGAACAGUUUCAGCCAAAGAGCUGGCCUUGUUAGCUACCAGUGGAUACACAUAGGAGAGAAACCCUAUAGAUGCCCAGAGUGUGGGAGGAGCUUCAAUGAGGACUUGUAGUGAUGAGAAACCUUAUGUCUGCUCUGAUUCUGGGAAGAACUUGACUCAAACAGCCAGCCUGAUUACGCAUGAGAGAAUCCACACAGGAGAGAAUCCCUACACAUGCUCAUGAGUGUGGGAAGAGCUUCAGCCAGCAAUCAAACCUGAUUUUACAUAGGAGGACCCAUACAGACGAAAGGCUGUAUUAAUGCCCAGAGUGUGACAAAAGUUCAGCUGUUGGUCUCACCUCCAGGAUCAUGAGAGAGCCCACACUGGAGAGAAACCAUUCCAGCGCUCAGUCUUUGAGAAAGGGUUCAGCCAGAGACUGAAGCUUAUCACACACCAGAGAAUCCAUACAGGAGAGAACCCAUGUGAAUGUUCAGACUGUGGGAAACACUUCAAGCCUGAACUGACAUAAAAGGACCCAUGACAGAGAGAAAUCAGAACUCCCCACAUGGCAACGAAUUUUUAAUGGAAAUCAUGUUUGGAAGUGAGCGAGGCCUGAGAAGCCAACAAUACUGCCUGAGACCAAUUACGUGCUCUUAUUCAGAGAGCAAAAAGUGGUUCGGGUGUCCAAUGAAGAUUGCAGAGGGCCCAAAUUAAAAUCCUCACUCAGUCUUGACAUCUCCUGGGCUAUCCUGGGCCUGUCAUUCUCUCAGGCUAACCUACCUCACAGGCUUGUUAUAAGGUUAAACACCAAGGGUUGGGGAACCAUAUAAGCUCAACCUGUGAGCCUUUUGGAGAAUGGGUGGGUUUAAAAUACCUAAAGUAAAUGUCUGAAACCAAAUUAAGGAUGGUGACAUGGCUUUCCCAUAAAAUUUUGAAUUGGAAAAUUUUCCAGAAACUGUUUUGGUGCCUUAAAAUCUGUUGGGAUUGAUUUAUUUAUUUAUUUGGCUCCAGUUUAGCAAAUAAAUCUACCCCCAAGCCUCUGUCCUGCAUCCACUUUAUGCACUGUUUAUCUGAGAAGCUUUUUACCCACUAGUGUUGGAAAAACGUGUUGGAACUGCUGUGCUUGACUGGGAGUGACAGAAAGCCUCCAUAAAACAGACAUGAAGUACAAUAUCCAGCGAAGCUUUACUCUGAAAUAAAUUCUGCUAAGUCCUGCUGAAAUUAGGAGCUUUUCUUCACGAGGCUAUUAAGUAACUGUAUUUACUUUCAGUUUGAUCACAGAAUUUAAUUCCAAGUGCUACAUCGAAAAGCGUGCCCUCUCCUGCUUUUCUGCUACAUAACCUCUAGAUGGCACUAUGGUAUAGAGCAAUAGAGCAAAUACACAAGUGAGAAAACACGGUUUCUUUCACUUUCACUGAUACCACAUUGCCCUGCUCUAAAAUGUUUGUCCGUGAUCCUCUUUAGACAUAGAAGGAUAACUGGAAGGUCAGAGCAUCAUCCUAAGAACCUGUAGACAACUGUGAAUAGGGAAUGACAAGUGCGCAAUCAAUGCCUCAUGUGGAAAAGCUCUUGCACAUGGCAUCACUGGUACCUAUAGCAAAUACCUUGUCAACAGCCCCUAGAACCUGUUUUCUAAACUUAAAAAGAUACAUGCUGAGCAUAUGGAAUUUCACAUUCUAAGCUCACAUAAAUCAAAGUACCACCGUGGCUGCCCAGAGAGAGUGGAGUUUGCUUCUGCUACCCUGAGAUAUGAAAUACUGUUAUUUGGGAAUGAACACUAUUUUGCUGGAGAAAAGGGUAAUAUAUAUUUUGAAGUAAAAAUAAUAAAAUGGAAAGAGAAAAUGAGUGACAACUUUA